ACGCGUUUUUUUUUUGUAUUACAGCAAGAAAUCUUAGAAGUAUGUUGAUAACUACAUAUUUUUAUACGUUAUUAACAGUUAUUCUAUUUCUAUUCUCAAAUGAGUAUAGGGUAUUCAACUGUGCUGUACAAACAGUGACAUUCUCUAGAGAUUUAGGUCUAAGUGACAAAAUAUGUGUCGGCACUGAGAAAUAUUCUGAAGCAUCCGCAAGAAGUAAGGUAUAUUGUUCCCGUCUGUGUCACGAACAAUCAACAUGUACAAGCAUAUUUUACAGUACUAUCACCGGGAUGUGUACGCUUUGUAGCGGAUACGAUAAUUUACAAGAUCAGACAGGAACCUUGUUUUACAUUAAACAAAGUGAUCUAGAACUGGAAGGUAAAGUCUUCAGGAUUUACGUUAAAGAAAAUAACAGAUUUUGGCAUUACGACGGAAACAAUGUUGGCUUUGAAGUCGUGUCAUGUCGAUGGCAACCGGAUGAUGACUUUACACGCUUUACCUUUGAAAAACAAGGUGAUGGAUCUUACAGAAUUAAGUCUUUUCGUGAUCCAGUCUACAUGUACGAUGGUUCUAAUUCAGCGGACGUGUCUCUGCAGCCCCUAUCAGGGGUUAGCAACAUUGACGAUGAUCAUGGAAGAUUUGUCAUUACCCGCGAGACACUAGAUUAUUAUCGUAUACAAACAAAGUCAACUGGUAGAUUCGUUAGGGUAGACGAGGGCAUAGAACAGUACGUUACAACCCUUUCAAACAUCCAAGAUGACAGAUCGUUGUUCAAAUUUAUUGAAGAAUAACCUACAUUGUAUAUAACUUCAAAAGAUAUAGAUCUAUUGUAUAGCUCCUGGGCACAAGUGUUAACUUUAAGAUCCUAUAAAUUUCAUACAUUUAUAAGAAAGUGUUUGUUGAUACUUAACACGUUUGAUUUGACUAGAUCGCACUUAUUCUGAGAUUUUAAGUUAAU